AUGAUAGACUCUCAAGAAUACGAAGAAUUUGCUGCUGAAUACAGAGCAAACAAUCACGAUGCUAAGGAUGGGGAAAUUAUCUUGCACGGAAACGAAAACAGCAAGUAUAGUGUAUAUUGGCACGCGCUUGAGAAUUACUUAGCGGCCCAAAUCAAAGGAACAAUUACGGAAGCAGCUUUUGCACAAAUGCUUCUCAAUAUAGAAAGAGCAACUCCCCCAGCAAUCUAA